GACCCGAACAGCGGCCCACCCACCUGUAUAGGAAUAGCAGACUAGCGCACUGCCUAAUUACUGUCUGUGGGAAGCAAAAAAACUCAGACUGGGGGAGGGUUUUGCCUUAACGACACCGAAAUCGAAGGAUUCUGAGGCCCCGAAUUAAUAAAACAUGUCGGUCAUAUUAGCGAGGGGAAAAAAUGAAAGUGGAAAGAGCGCAGAAGCGGCGCGCGACGAGCCUCUCACUGAGAGCGCCUCACUGACCUGAGCGGACCUGACUGAGAGCAGCACACACAGCAACAAGGCUGCUGUUUCUCCCCCGCCGUGCUGUGCCUACCAAGAACCUUAUUAUUGUUUAAGCUCGUCACACUACCCUGAGAAAACAGCAACGCUGAUACGGAUCAUCAGAUUCCAAAGCCAACCAAUCGGCAUUCAAAAGGAUUGAAAAUUGGGAUUUCAGUGUAGUUUUUACUGUUUACAUGCAUCAAAUGUUUCUAAAGGUUCCUUUUUCUUGCUGAAGACGUGGCUCAACAAAUCUGUUGUCGCACCCAAACCGAGUGCUGAUUUCAAAUAAAGUGAGGUUCUUCAGACAAUUCAAGUGAGAGAACCAACAUUUGAACAGAAAGAACAUUUUCUUUUUCAGUUUUCCCAAUUUCAUUUCAAAUAAGUGAAAUAAGUGUUUACUUUUUUAUUUUUUAUUUUAUUUUUUUUACAUUUUUAAAUAAGCAGUACGCAUUUCAACAGCAGAUAUCUGUAAACUACUAAGUAAGGAAUUACUAUGUGUAAAUUGUUUUAGUAAGAAAUAGUUGAUUUCUUAGAGAUAAAGGGAUUCAUAUGUUUUAUUUCAUCCACACCAUUGCACUCCUUCGCACAAAUAGUAGAAGCACCAUUUUUGAAAUAAGCAGGUAAAAUGUGUGCUGCUCUGCUCUGAGCAGAAAAGCAUUGGUUAGAUGUCCAGUGAGAAAAGCCUUUAAAGGGCUGCGCAGUCAAAAUGAUUCCCCAUCACACUGACCUUAACCAUUCCAAAGAUUUCACCACCAUAAGUAGUCCUCUAAAGACGUAAACCUAUAUUAGUGUUAGAUUAUUAAUAUUAUCUCAACAAUAUAGUUGCUUCUUAAACUGUUUCAAAUGAUUAAAAGAAAAUUGCAUUCAGGGAGUAUUACGGGUCAGGGAAAUUCCUAAUGACUUAAGUGCCACUGUUGACUAUAAAGAGUGCCCAAAUUGUAUAGAAGUCAUACAGAAGACAAAAAAGACAGUGCGUUAGUUUACAUUUUUAUGGUGUUUACAGUUGCCAUUUGCUUCUAAGCAAAAUCAUCUUAAUAAGUGCCAAAACAAGGAGAAUAUAUUAUAUACUAAGUUGUGCUAAAUGGACAUGCAUACAUUUAUUAUAUAACUAAAAAGCCUUUUAAAAGCAUAACUCUACCUAACUAGUGUUUGUUUAAUAAAGGAAGCCAUUUUAUUCUUGAGACAUAAACCAACUUUAGUUUCUUCUAAAGCAAAAUUUUAAGAUAAGGUGAGAAGUGAGUGUCUCUCAGUUUACUUUGCCUCAAGGGAGAACCAUUAGGCCAGUUGCUUAGGCUUCCUAUGUUCUGUUGAAGAAUUGAGGAUCUGAGUUUCCCUGGAGUCUGAGACUACAUUAUCAUCACUGCCACCCCCCACCCGCCCCGUAUUUUCUCCCAGAACACUGUACAGUUACAGACGUUUAUACAAACGUUUUAUGUUGGAAACCCAUGACUUACAUUUUUACAUGCGUUGUUAAGGACUGGGGUUUUAAAGGAGGAUUCUGCACUGAACAGUGGGUUGAGUCAGCAAGGGCAAAUAGUAGUUUUAGUCACAUAAAGAUGAUGGCCACCUCAGGAGCCCGAACGAGUGUCAUCCUCCUCUUCCUGUUAAUCGCUGCUCCACUUAACACAUCCUCAGCCAGUGUGUCGGAUCCCUCUGAAACCAGAAAUGCACCGAUCAGACCUACCAGCACCCCGACCGCCAGCCCCAGGCCCAGUAGCCGGGGAUUCUUACUACUGCAGUCCAGAGGUGGAGGAAAUGGGAGAGGAAAUGGGCGAGGGAAGGGGUCGACGGGAUGGCUAGAGACACCACCCAGACCCCAGGCUCAAGUCAUGCUUUCUAAAAAUAACACAGCCGAUGCCCUGGGACCUCCGCUCGGAGCGGCACAGGUGGCCCCACCUCCACGCAGACUGGUGGAAGUGGAUGUGUGCCGUGGUUACUAUGAUGUUAUGGGCCAGUAUGAUCUUACCUUCAACUGCUCUAAGGAUGACUUUAUCUACUGCUGCGGUACAUGUCACUACCGCUUCUGCUGCCCAGACCGCACCCGGCGCCUUGAUCAGAACAUCUGCCAUAAUUACCACUCGCCAGUAUGGGCCAACACACCACCACCAGGGACUAAACCGCCCCAUCACCUCACUGACCCUGACCUCAGUCGCAUCGAACAGAGCAACAAUACCAUAUAUGUCAUUGGUGGAGUAAUCUCAUUCACUGUUGCUGUGGCUGUGGCCAUCAAGGUGGCCUUUAACAAGGCCUCACGGCAGGCACGCAACAGGGAGCUCAAUAUGCCCAGAGCUCUGGUGGACAUGCUGCGCCACCAAUCUAGCCCAGUCCAACAGGGAGAAAGAAACAACAGUGUCGCCCUGGGCAGUGGAGGUGGAGGAGGAGGAGGAGGAGAGGGCACUCUUGGACGGCCUCCUAAGAACCUGUACCCUACUUUGCAGAGCAAAGACAACCGAUUGGGAAAUCUGCAGCAUAACUUCAUCCAUACCUCAGGUUCCAGCCCCAAACACACUGCCACCAUUGAGCGUGCACCACGGAUGAACAACAUGCAGAUGACCGCUGGUGGAACACUGAAACCCAAUAAGCACACUAACGCUAUGAAGCCUCAGCCCUCGUUUCACCACUCGCUUCAUAACCUGGCUCAGCUCCCGCCCUCAUAUGAGGCUGCCAUGAAGCCUGAGCUCAACAGAUACUCUUCCCUAAAACGGCUGGAAAAAGGAGGUCUGGAAGAAUAUUCAGGAUACUGCACCACUAAACGGAGACCCAACAAUGCCCCUCCUUCCUUCCACUCAUCACAGCACCACUUGCCUUGGGGUGGUGACUAUACAAUAGGGGGGAGAGGCACACUCCCCACCCAUGCCACCCGUCCCCGCAUACCCCACCCUCAGUCUGCCCCCAGCCAUACCCCUAACCCCUAUCCCUUGGAGCCUAAAGAAUCCAAGCCCAACCAGAACUACGACACCCUCUCCAAACCUCCUCGCCGAGUCAAAUCAACAGAUCAGCUCCUUGCCCUUGGGGAUGGCAACACCUUAUCACGGCUCUCCAAGAACCAGCAGCACCAGUACUACAAGGCCAUGAAUGCUGCAGCAGCAAAACAGCAAAACUCCAAUGCCCAGAACACCCUGCGCAAAUCUAAGGAGAGGCUGCUGAUGUCACCUGAUCAUCUAGAGGAGGAAGUGGGCAUGGGUGGAGUCGAUUAUGGAGGUGGUGGGGGUGGUAUGAGCAUGGGCAUGGGCGACUACACAGUGGGAGGGGGCAUGGUGCCCACUCUACCCCGCAUGAGCCACCAAAAGGCUCAAUCACAGCAGAAUGUCUGUGCCACUCCUUCACUUGAUCGCCAUCACAUGAUCAAGAUGAACUCACACCCGACCUCGGGCCGGGAGCAAGAGCGUAACACAGUUGCCAUGUCGGGUCACCUGGGAGGAGGCGGAGCCGGAGGAAUGGGAUGGAACGAAAUGCAAGGAACCGGGGUUGUCAUGGGCACAGGAACACUAGGAGGUCAUAGCGCCAGGAGGCUAGCUUUUGCUGCAAAGAGGCAAAAUACUAUUGAGCAACUACACUUCAUCCCCGGAGGAGGAGGGAGCAGUGGAGGCGGGGUGGCCUCAAACCAGGGCGUUCGGACGGGGAGCAAAAAUGAAGUGACUGUGUGAAGAG